UCCUCCAACUUUCAUUUCCAAGCUCCACAAUGAGUUCUAUGGAACUACAAGCCCCUAAAUCUUCAGACCCUGAAAAACAUGUAGCCACCGGAAGCGGCGGAAACCAUGGCGAUGAAGUCGAAGACAUCUCCCCUAUCGAACAAGUCCGGCUGACUGUGCCCAACACGGACGACCCGACUUUACCCGUAUGGACCUUCCGGAUGUGGUUCCUAGGAUUAUUCUCUUGUGCUCUCCUCUCUUUCCUCAACCAAUUCUUCUCUUACAGAACAGAGCCACUCAUUAUAACCCAAAUCACAGUCCAAGUUUCUACACUCCCCAUUGGCCAUUUCAUGGCUACAGUUUUGCCCAAAACCCAGUUCGGAAUUCCGGGUUUUAGAUCGAAACGGUUUUCUUUGAACCCCGGUCCGUUCAACAUGAAAGAGCAUGUUCUCAUUUGCAUAUUCGCAAAUGCGGGUAGUGCUUUCGGAAACGGGUCGGCUUAUGCGGUUGGUAUAGUUAACAUUAUCAAAGCUUUUUAUGGUCGGAGCAUAUCGUUUUUUUCCGGUUGGCUUCUCAUUAUCACCACUCAGGUACUAGGAUAUGGCUGGGCUGGGUUGCUGAGGAAGUAUGUGGUGGAGCCAGCUCACAUGUGGUGGCCGAGCACCUUGGUGCAAGUCUCACUUUUCAGGGCUUUGCAUGAGAAAGAUGAUAAAAGUGACCAACGAAUGACAAGGGCAAAGUUCUUCCUCAUUGUACUAAUUUGCAGCUUCUUAUGGUACAUUGUCCCGGGCUACCUCUUCACAACUCUUACCAGCAUCUCAUGGGUGUGCUGGAUUUUCUCCAAGUCAGUUACCGCCCAGCAAAUUGGUUCAGGUCUUAGGGGACUCGGUCUUGGAGCCUUAACGCUUGAUUGGACUACUGUAGCAUCUUUCUUGUUCAGUCCGCUCAUCAGUCCUUUCUUUGCCAUUGUCAACAUUUUUGUAGGCUAUGUGUUGAUAAUUUACAUAGCGAUUCCUGUAGCUUAUUGGGGCCUAGACUUGUACAAUGCUGGUAGAUUCCCCAUAUUUUCCUCUCACUUGUUUACAGCCCAAGGUCAAAAGUACAACAUAACAGCAAUCGUUAAUGACAAGUUCGAGAUUGAUUUAGCAAAGUAUGAAGAUCAAGGUCGAAUUAAUCUAAGCAUGUUCUUCGCCCUCACUUAUGGAUUUGGGUUUGCCACGAUUGCAUCAACAAUAACACAUGUGGCCCUGUUCUAUGGAAGGGAGAUAUAUGAUCGAUAUAGUGCUUCUUACACGGGAAAGGAGGAUAUUCACACAAGGUUGAUGAAAAGAUACAAGGACAUACCUUCCUGGUGGUUUUACGCUAUGCUUGCUGCAACAUUCGUAGUAUCACUGGCGCUCUGCAUCUUCUUGAAUGACCAGGUGCAGAUGCCAUGGUGGGGACUCCUCUUUGCUGGUGCAAUGGCCUUUAUCUUCACUCUUCCAAUUAGUAUCAUAACUGCCACAACGAACCAGACACCGGGCUUGAACAUUAUCACAGAGUAUGUCAUGGGUCUCAUAUAUCCCGGAAGGCCAAUAGCGAAUGUGUGCUUCAAAACCUAUGGUUAUAUGAGCAUGGCUCAAGCAGUCUCCUUCCUCAAUGAUUUCAAGCUAGGACACUAUAUGAAGAUACCUCCAAGAUCCAUGUUCUUAGUUCAGUUCAUAGGAACCAUUCUCGCCGGAACAAUCAACCUUGCAGUGGCAUGGUGGUUGCUGAACUCUAUCGAGAACAUAUGCCAGGACGAUCUCCUUCCAGCCGACAGUCCCUGGACAUGCCCAGGUGAUCGAGUCUUCUUCGACGCAUCGGUCAUAUGGGGUUUGGUGGGCCCCAAGAGGAUCUUUGGAUCUCUAGGAAACUAUCCAUCGAUGAAUUGGUUCUUCGUAGGAGGAGCAUUAGGACCCGUCAUCGUUUGGGUCUUGCACAAGACAUUUCCCAAACAAACUUGGGUUCCACUAAUUAACCUUCCGGUUCUUCUAGGAGCAACAGGGAUGAUGCCGCCAGCAACAGCAGUAAACUACAACUCCUGGAUUCUAGUUGGAACUAUUUUCAACUUCUUCGUAUUCCGUUACCGGAAGCAGUGGUGGCAGAGGUACAAUUACAUUCUAUCGGCUGCUCUGGAUGCGGGGGUGGCUUUCAUGGCAAUACUGUUGUACUUUUCGGUGGGAAUAGAAAAUAGAAGUGUGACAUGGUGGGGCACGGAAGGUGAACAUUGUGAUUUAGCAACUUGUCCGACAGCAAAGGGAAUAAUGGUUGAUGGCUGUCCAGUGAAGUAAUGAAUUCACUCAAGUGUUGCACACUCUAGAAUUAGUAAGGAUUAUAAAAAAGUGUAGUUAAAACCGCGAGGUUUCAACAGAAUUUUCAGUGUCUUGUAAGGUAUUAUUCAAAAUAAACUUUCCUAAAGGUUCAUUCUUUGGA